UGCUUGUAGUCAGCGUGGUCAUAAGACAUACGGAAAGGAUUAGGAAAUCUGUUCCAAUUAUUAACUCAACAAGAUGAACUAAAUCAUUGCAGCAAGAUUUCCUAAGGCUUCUAGACGACGAUAUCGCAAGCGUCUAGUGAGAUYUUUACUAAAGUGGAUUGGCGUACAGUAUGAACAAUAGAUCCCUGGUUCACAAUGGUAUUACAUUAGCUGUUACACUUCAAAGGAAUGGAGGAAUCURCCUCGAACAAAGCAACCCCUGGAAAGCCGUCCAAAACACGGAAUGGUUCAUCGGGAUAUGAAAGCAAUGAAGGCGACAAUAUUAAAGUGUAUGUUAGAGUACGUCCACCUGCCAAGAACUUGGAGAGUGGAGUUGAUCGGAUGCCAUGUAUAGAAGUCACGUCUGCUAACAGUAUUCAACUUUUGAGCAAACCAGACCCCAAGACAUUCUCAUAUGAUCAUGUGGCAGAUAUUAACACAAUGCAGGAGGAGGUGUUUGGUGCUGUUGGGAAGAAAAUUGUAGAAGGUUGUGUGAAUGGAUACAAUGGYACUAUAUUUGCAUAUGGGCAGACUGGAUCAGGAAAGACAUUCACCAUGCUUGGUCCUGCCGAGGGAGARAUAGAGUGCUUUACUCAUGAACUCAGAGGUGUCAUUCCAAGGAGCUUUGAAUAUCUUUUUAGCUUGAUUAAAAGAGAGCAAGAAAAGCAUGGAGAUCAUCUGGAGUUCCUGUGUCGAUGUUCUUUCUUAGAAAUCUACAAUGAACAGAUAUUUGAUUUGUUGGAUCCUGCGUCUAGUGGGUUAGCACUGCGUGAAGACUUGAAAAAAGGAGUAUUUGUAGAUGGAUUGUUAGAGAGGGACGUAGCUAGUGCAAAGGAUGCAUACAGGGUAUUGAAUUCAGGAUGGUUAAAUCGAAGGGUUGCAUCCACUAGUAUGAACAGAGAAAGUAGUCGAAGUCAUGCUGUGUUUACUGUGACAUUAGAAUCUAAAGAAAAGAAAAACAGUAUGUGUAACAUCAAAGUAUCUAAGCUACAUCUGGUGGAUUUAGCAGGAUCUGAGAGGCAACGAGACACUCAUGCCGAGGGUCUAAGGUUAAAGGAAGCAAGCAGUAUCAACAAAUCGUUAUCAGCCUUGGGUAAUGUCAUCAUGGCAUUAGUGGACAUAACCCAUGGAAAGAAUAGACAUGUGCAUUAUAGAGAUUCCAAGUUAACCUUUUUGCUGAGGGACUCUCUUGGAGGCAAUGCAAGAACUUACAUCAUAGCAAAUGUUCAUCCAUCAGCAAAAUGUUUUGGUGAGACAUUGUCUACUUUGAACUUCGCAAGACGAGCUAAAAUGAUCAAAAACAGAGCUGUGAUCAAUGAAGACAGCACUGGAAGUGUGACAGCUUURCAAGCAGAAAUACGUAAACUACGGGAAGAGCUAGCUCAAGCAAGAGCUGGGAUGCAAAAACAAGUUACUAGACAAGAACCAACAGACAAUGAUGCAUCAAGUAGUCGUGAUCAGUCAGCUGAUAGUAAUAAUAACAAUGGUGGCAUUGAYCAUGGUCAACAAUACAAGGAAUGGAGGGAAAUGAUWAUUGCUGCAACAGAAGGAAGAGAGCGUGCUGAACAGGAAAAACAGACCUACAAAGAAAAAAUAAGAAAACUUGAAGAAUUGUGUAGUAAAAAGGACAAGUUUGUUCAGUCAACAAAAAUGAUUCURAAGUUUCGUGAAAGUCACAUCGCAAAACUUGAAAGAAUGAAAAAAGGAAAUAAAGAAGAACAAGAAAGAGAAGAAGACAGCAGGGAUAAACAGAUUCAACUUUUAAAUGAAGAAAUCGCAAUUUUGAAAGAGAAGGUAGAGCAUCAUCCUGAAGUUACAAGAUUUGCAAUGGAGAAUUUAGAACUGAGAGCUGAGGUAAAAAGGCUGCGUCACAUYGAUGAAGAAGGAAAUGAUAUGGAUCAAGAGCUUGCCAAAAGCCAUCGCUAUACUUUACAGUUGGAAAAACAGUUACGGGAUUUACUACAGUCGCCACAAGGCAGUGUUGACCUUGAAAGAAGUUUAUCAAGCUCAUUGCUCAACCUUGAAGCUUCUAAUGCUGAACUUGARAAGUUUAAAGCUGAGAGAAGUCAGCUCAACUCGCAAAUUGAUUCGACAAGGGAAGAACUUCAGCAAACAAGAGAAGACUUACAGAAAACMAAAGAGAAACUUAUUAAUGAGGGAGAAACAUACAGGAAAAAGAUCUUGGAUCUAGAGUCUGAUCACUCUUCAUUACAGAAAGCUAAUGCAGAACUAGAGAAAGCAUUAGAAACUUUUCAACUWAAGACUGCAGUGGAGCGAACGACCUUGAAUGACAUUCACAUGCAAACUAUCAAGACGCUAACAUCACCAAGAAAAUCCUUAACACCCAACCUUCUUGCACCUCACAAUGCAGCAAGUACACCUCAACGAGGAGAAAAGAGUAAACUCAACAUCAAUAAGUACAAUUCUCCAGUCAUUGAUCUGGCAGAUGAGAAACCUCCUAAUGGAUUAUUUAGAAGAGACAGUUUUCAUGACAGUGGCAGUGACACUGAGUUUGAUGAACCAUUUUUCAACUUUGAGGAUGAAAGCAAUGAUGCUGAAGAACUUUAUGCUGAUGCAUUAAUGGAUGAACUCAAGAAGCUUCAGGAUAUGAAUAACGACUUGCUGCAGAAGUUGCAGUUGGCAGAAUCCAAUGCAAUCAARCUGAACCAGAUUUCAAACAAACAGGAAUAUCAAGUCCAGCAACUUAACACUACCUUGACUAGUGAAAGAGAAAAGCAUGCAGCAAUAGAAACUGAGCUAAAUAUGAAGAACCUUAGUUUAACAGACAAACUGAAAGAUGCCAAGAGCUGCAACACAGUUUUGCAAGAGGAAGUUGAUGAUUUAAAGGUAGUGCUUCAGUCUGCUGACAAAGAACUGGACACCAUCAAGAAGCAAAGAGAUCUAGACAGUAUUGAAACUGGAAGAGCCUUAUCUUCUCUUGAAAGCAAGGUAACACGACUUGAGAUAGAGAACUACAACAAGCAAAAUGAGAUUGAAAAUGGAAUUGAAUCAAUACAAAACCUACAGUCUGAGAUGGAAACACUUCAAGAUGAGCUACAGUUCAACAACCACAAGAUUGAUGAAUAUGAGCAAAUGUUACAGAGUGAACGACAAAAGAUACGAGAACUUCAGCAAGAAUUACAAACCACAAAUGAGAAGCUUCACUUCCAAACUGAGACAAACAUUAAUUUAAUGGCUCAACAAGAUAGUCAAAAGGACCUUGUACGCACUCUAGAGCAGUGUCAAUCAUUGCAAUCAGAUUUACACAAGAGCAAUGCACUUUGUGAGCAACAGGCCAAUAAAAUAGCAACUUUGACACAAGAGCUGGAAGAAAGCAAAGAGRCAAUUAUUGCUCUCAAGAAAAGAAAUGAAUCUGACAAGGAAUGUGUGAACAACCUUAUGGAGUCUGUGAUGGGACUUAAGAAAGUCAUAUCAGAAAAAGAUAAUGAGUUGGGAAACCUUCGUACUGAGCUUGAAGAGAAUAAAAGUCACAUACAAGAACUUACUGAUAAGAUUGAGGAAAAGAAACACAGGAUUGGUAUCCUUAAAGACAAACUUGAAAAAGAAAUUGAAAAGACAGCUAAAGAGCGUCAGCAACGUGAAUCAGAGAUCAGUGUAGCCAAGGAGGACCUCAAACGAACAGCUCAACAAUGUAAAGAUCUUACAGAAGCACUGGAACAGCARCAACAACAAAUUACUACCAUGCAGGCUGUUAGCUGACAUCGCUUCUUAGACCAGUGGUCAUGUUGAUAGACAUCUGUUGCCCACCUUCUAUGGGCUGCUAAGAACUCUGGGAUAAAAUGGGUGUUCCCAAGCUGCAAGAAUUAAAGAUGAAGAUACAGAAGGGCUCCAAUGURCACYRUUAUUUUUGACAAUACAUGGUGUUGACAGCUAGAAAUAAAUUGACCCCAGUUCACAUGACAAUGUUUGUAUCAGUUGCAGGCUGUUAGAUUUCACAAAAUGCAGUCUAUUUCAACUUUAUUUAUAAUGGAUUUGCAACUGGUUAUUCUUUAUAGACAUCUUUUGAAAAUAUUGUUAUUUAGAUUUUUAUACUCCUAUAUAUWCAGACUUGUGCUAAAGGUUCUUAGAAUUUGUAUAUCAUAGAAGUCAGAUCUUUCAUGAUUUUAUAAAAGGUUUAAGAGUUAGAACAUCUUUAGCUGCUUUAACAUUAAGUUUAUUCAAUUAGUUUUUAGAUAGAAAACUCUUAUGUCAUUUAUGUKUCAUUCUUUCUUGAUUUCAUUAUUCCUUUAUUUCAUGGUUGGCUUUUCCUUUUUUACAAUCUCACUCUUGUUCCUGUUACAUCAUUUAUUUAUUCUUUGCUCUUACUYGCUUGGUUGCUUGAUCCCAUACACCCCUUCUUCCCUUUCAAUCGAUUAUUUUUUUGAAAAUAGUUAUUUGAUCCUACAUCAACCACUUCUCMAUCAUACUAUCCUAUAAAACUGCUAUAUAUGAUAUUUUUAUACAUAAUCUAUAUUUAAUAUAUGUUUGUACAUAAAUCAUUGUCUUUCAUAAAUGUCUCUUUUUUAAAAUAUUCCCAGUAUUUAAGUAGUUUGUUUGGUAGUAUUUAUAGCUUGUUCCUGUUAGAUUAGUGUAGGUGUCAGGUGAACUCUUUUUCUUUCUUGGUUUUAAUGUUUUCUCAUGUUAGAUGAAGUGUUAUUUUCCUUUUGGUAUAGUUUGUUAUUUAUAUUUUGUUUGGCUGUUUGUYGGUUAUGGUUGUUUAGAUUGACAAUCCUUGAUUGGUCCAUUAUUGCGCUGAUCCAUUUUGUCCCUUCAUUGAUGAGUUUGUAAGAAAAACAACAAAGUCUUUACAGCGUGAAUACUUAUUCUGACAGGAGAGAACAUUAUUUCUAAACUAGAGVUUCAUUAAAAGAGUGAUAUAAAUUAAAACUUGAUGGUGUAUCGUCUUUCAAACUCCUUCAUUAUGUAUGGUUCAUGUGCUAAAUGAUAUUUAAUAAAAUUUUAAAGGUUUAUUUUA